AUGCGGCGACGCAACAGCGACCUAGAAGCCGGAGAAUCUCAUGCAACAGAGCGUGGGGAUAUCGCAAAUAUAAUCAAUCUGAGUGACUUGAUUUCCUUGUCUAUUCCAGAAUCAAUCGCGGAAAACUCUCUUCCGUCACUGCAUGUUCAUCUCAAAGAUCAGGCCGAUAUCCAGGAACAUAGUGCAAACACAGCAACCUCUGGCGCUUCGACCGGCACGCUCGAAAAUGCCGACGCCCAUAGCCAGGAGCAUGAUCCAAACACGACAACACCUGAAGCUUUCACCAGGACAAUCGAAGAUGCCAAGCCCCAUAUCCAGGAACAUAAUGCAAACACAACUAUCUCUGGAGCUCCUAUCAGAUCACUCGAAGAUGCCAAGACCCGACAAAAAGAGCUUGGAAAGGCCAAAUUGUCCAGUUUGGGCUUCUAUGAUCGGUUGCUUAACACCGGGUUGCCUGGUCUGUAUUGGACCAGUGGGACUCGAAAUAAUAAGUCCUACAAUAUUGCACUGAGCACGUUGCAGCGAAUGGUGAUACACGAACUACAACGCAAACUUGUAUCGAAUGUGAAAGAUAUUGUCAGAGCACACGAAGUAACGGAAGCUUCGAUGGCAACUGCUCAAGAUUUGCUGACACAAUACACUAACGCAAUCCGUGACUAUGAUUUCAUGACCGAAAAGCUUACCGCAACGGAUGUAAUUGGUGAGAGAGAUCCAUUCUUGAUUACCACGAGAGAUACUCUGGGCAAGUAUGUUAUGAAAGACGCUUCUCUUACUCCAAGGGGUAUGCGACUCUACGCGGAAGACCAUAACCGUUACAAGCGUGGGCUGAAUAUUCUCCCUGGGUCUUCUCGUAAUAUCCACCGCCGAAGGUCGAGCGCGUCGCAGUUGUGGAACCGGCUUUGGAUGGGACUUUGUGGUGGAUUGGCUCUUAUUGCACCUAUGUUACUUAUGGUUCUACACAAAGAUCAAGCUACAACUCUGGCGACGGCUAGUAUAGCUACUAUGCUGUUUGCUUUGGGAUUGGCUUACCUUGGAACGAACCUUAAAGGUCAGGAAGUGCUAGCAGGUGUGUCUGCGUAUGCUGCAGUCCUGGUUGUGUUUGUCGGAACAAAUUCGUAG